GUGAUGUUGUGGUUGCAACACGGCUUGUUGCCCGUCCUUUGGAAUCAGGUUGGCCGUGACACUGCCGUGGACGUUGACAAAAUGUUCGACGCUUCAGCCGAUAGCAUCCUGGCCACACGGACCACUCCAGGGAUCUUUAUGAACUGGAUGCAGAUUGUUGGUGGCGUCCGCCUAAGGCAGCGACGCCUGCAAAAGGGCGAAUGUUCUCUGGAUCCCAGGUUGCAAGAGCGCUUCUCUCCUUCCUGCUACACUGAAUUUCUCCAGGUGUCUCCCUUCGGACCGGGCAUCGGUAGCUACGCCGAGGGCUUUGUGCCUGAGGAUGUCAUGGGAGCCUUUGAUGUUCGAUAUAGCUUAGGAACGCCCUUCCGGGAGAUUCUGGAGAAUUUCCAGUACAUGCUGAAGGAGCACAACUGGGUGGGCGAGGCCUCACAAUCCUUGCAGAUCCAAGCCGCCAUGGUGCAUGGCGAGGCCACCCCGCCGUUUUUCGUGAUGUUUGAGGUUCGCUUCGACUUCAAGCGGAGUGGCUAUGUAGCCAAAGAGCUGAACAUUUUCUUGACCGCCACCGACAUGUUUCCCACGACUUUGGAGGUUGUGUUGCACGUCCUUUGGGCACUCAUUCUCUUCAGCUUGUUGUUCACACAGAGCUUCAAGGUGAGUGGUUCCCUGCAUUCCCUCUGGACAGCCCUUAUGCUCGUGGUGUUGGUCAUGAGCAACAGAUCUUUUCUUGAAGCCAUGGCCAAUGGGGCUGUCCCCGGAGCGAGUUCCUUACCGAACGGGGCUGUCCCUGGUCACGCUCAGCACGCGCCACUGGCCACCACUACCUGGCAGUAUGAGCCGGAGCCGCCCAAGCGCGGCCUGGGCUUCGCCUGCUGCACGGUGCGACAGAAGCCCGGGAGUGUCGAGAUGCCUGGGCCCCGCGAGGACGAGCAGGAGAAGAAGGUGAUUUGGGACACAGCAGAUUUGACUUGGUGGGACUUUCAGCGGAGAAGAUGGAAAACCCUGUGGUUGAUGAGAACCGUGUACUUCCGCUACAAGAGCGUUCAGGAGAGCACGGAAGGAUGGCCCGAGGGUCCGGAGAGGGAGAAAGUUUGGGUGGAUUGUCACACGGUGAGCGCUCGAGAACUGCGGAUCCAUGCUGAAGAGGCGAAGGGUCUCUUCAUCAAAGCCGGUCAGGUGAUGAGUGCCAUGGUGGGCACGCUGCCUGAUGCCUUCACCAACGAGUUCCUGAGCCUCACUGACCACCUUCCCGUGUCGCGCAUCGAGGAGGUCUAUCGGAUCAUUCAACGGACCUUCCGGCAGCCGCCCAAGGUGAUCUUCUCCGAGUUCGAUCCAGAGCCUUUGGCCUCGGCCUCCAUCGCCCAAGUGCACCGCGCACGGCUGCGGAGCAACGGGAAGGUGGUGGCUGUGAAGGUGCAGCAUGAUGGCGUGGAUCGAAUUUUCCUGGAGGAUAUCGCAACCCUGACGACGGUGGCAGAGCAGGUGGCAUAUUGGGCCCCAGACCUUGAUUUCCGGAAAUUUGCCGAGGAGUGGCGCGACUCGUUGCCGCGGGAGUUGGAUUUCUGCCACGAGAUGACCGCCUUGGAACGGGCUGGAAACAAGCUGCGGGAGGCGGGAAACAGCUGCAUUGUGCCCAGGGUCCACAAGGACCUCUGCGGGACACACGUCUUUGUCAUGGAAUUCAUCCAGGGUGGCCCCAUCUUGGACCUUGGCAAGGCGGAGUUCUGCGAGAGAAACGGGGUGGACAAACACCGUGUCUUGACAGAGCUGCUCCAUGCCUUUGGCAUCAUGGCCUUUAAGGACGGCAUGUUCCACGCGGAUCCCCACGCGGGCAACGUGCGGCUGGUGCUGGAUCCCAAUGCGCCCGGCGGUGCGAAGCCGGUGCUGCUGGACUGGGGGCUGAUCCGGGAGAUCACGGAUGCAGAACGCUUGGGACUGGCCAAGGUGUUCCAUUCCUUAGCGAACUUUGACAUCGCGGGAUUGUUUGACGUCUUGGAGUCCCUGGGUUUCAGCCUAAGACAGGAGUUGUUAAACGACGACCUGAAGCGUGAUUUGAUCGAAAAGGCCCGCGGCGUUGUCAAGGACACCAUCAACCGCCACAAGACCCGCGAGAACGCGCGCGAGGAGCUGGCGGAGUUCAAGGCGCGCUUGAAUCGCGCCAAGGAGGACGCCGGAAUGGAAGGUUCGAUGUCUCCCAUCUAUUUCUUGGAGGAUUGGCCCCGAUGCAUCAUUUUCUUCAUGCGCAUGCUGCAGAUUUUGCGCGGCCUGUGCGUGGCCUGCGAUGCGGAAGGCAUGCCCUUGCUGAAGAUCUUCUCCAGCCAUGCCCGAGAGGCCUUACAGGAGGGAUCCAGGCGGCAAAUGCUCAGCAGCAGCCUGCGCAUCUUUGGUGGCCGUGGGGAUGGCAUUGGGCACGAGACGCCUUUUACCCCUAAGGCCAGAGUGAGUCGGGAUUCCACUUUGGAAUCCCAACUGCAGCAGAAACUGCAGGAGCUGCAGUCGCGGAAGCAGCUGGUGGGCGCUCAAGUGGUGGUGCUCCGCGAUAACAAAGUGAUCUGCAGCGUCGCGCAUGGCACGUUAUCCACCAUCGACGCACGGCCGGUCCAGGAGCAGACCCGCUUUCCACUGCUCGGGGCGACCGCAGGGCUCGCGGGGCUGGCGCUCUUGCGCACGCUGCGCCGCAAGAGCGGCGAGCUGAUCAAGGCUGCGGAGGAUGCGAACAUGAAGCCUGAGAAUUUACUCAGAAAGAUGCUCGUGUCGUUCCCUGGCCAUUUCGGGCCAUUUCACCUGGCCGGUGGUGUCAAUCGAGGCAACUUUGGCCAAAGUUCGGGUUCCCGUUCCGCGCCAUGUCUGGCCAUGGGUCGCACCUACCGGGUCACCGGCGGUGCCUCCAAUGGCCUCCUGGUGCGGCAGCAGCGGGCCUUGAGCUCCACGGCCUGUGCGGAGCGCCUGAGGCAUGGCUCGGUGGUCCAGGAAUUGGAACUCACAGAGGGUAGAUUGCGAUACUCCUUGCUGUUCGGCGUUGGACCUGCUGAAGGUUGGGUCAGCAUCCACUGCAAGGGUCAAGCACUGCUGGUUGAGACGCAUCUAACCGACCUGGCCGAGGCGGCGGCACAGGCUCCGUGGGUCAACAGAGUGGAAUUGAUGGACGUGCUGAUGCAGGUAGCCGAGUCCUUGGACCGUGGUCCCAGAUUCCGCGCGAGCAAAGUCUUGGAGGGAACCAAUGUGCCGCACGUCAUUGAGGUCGAAGCGAUGCCUGGAAGUAUGUCGCUGGAUGAGUUUUGGCCCAGCAACUGUGAGUUAUCCUUCGCAGAGAUGCAGGAUUUAUAUUGGCGGAUUACUUGCAGCAGCUCAUGCGAUUCGUGUACCUUGGCUUUGGCCUUGACCUUGAAGGAGAUGGCCGACCAUGCCACGCUCCAGCACCAGGGCUGCCGGGUAGUGAAUUUGCUGGUUCUCAACACACUGCUGGAUAUCCGGGAUUUGGAUGAGCUCAUCUUAGUGGAGAAACUGUCUGGAGCAAGGCUCCCAGUGCUGAACACGGCUGCCAGCUAUGAUGGCAAUGCAGCAUGGCGAGCUUUGGGCUUGGACUCGCCCAAGGUAGAUCUCGGAGCAAUGGGCCGUGCAGCCUUCGAAGCAGUGCCCCACUGGUGGCUGGCAGCGUUGCUGGAGAGCGAGGAUGGGCGAUGCAUGCUGCACCUGGAUAUGUGCAACUAUGCGUAUAGCUCCAAUCGUUUGGAGUCUGAACCAUCUUCCUUUCACAGCUUUGUGACCCCGGACUACGAGCUGACGCCAGACGCUUUCCCAAAGCUCCACCGCUUUCGACUGGGGCCCAAGGUGAAUGGCUUACCUCCCAGCUGUUUUUCGCUGAAGCCGCUGGCUGAGCUGCGCCACUUGCGCUGUUCCUUUGGUCCGGUCUUUGCCACACCCUUGUGUACUUUCGCCGAAAACAAGUUGGGCUGCAACUUUGGUGAGCGCUUCGUGGUCGCUGACGACGAAUCCCUGGGGGCCUUGACAGUGCUGCACUCCGACUACUGCCGCGCUGCCCAGCUCAUCCGUCAACGGAUCUUCGGCCGCCUGCCGGCCCACACGGCCGCGCAGAUUUUGGAGAUCCCGGGUCGACCUGACUUGGAAGGAGCUUUGGUUUCCUUGUUGGAGGAGGAAACUGCCCAUGAUCAGCGGCCAGUCCUUACAUUGAUCGGUGAGACGCUGUCGAUUCCGUUGCUGUCUAUGAAGACGUGGCCGCUGCCAGGUUCACAUUACCUUUCGUUGGCUGAAACUCGCCAUGGUAGCCGUUUUAGCAUUUUUUCAGGUGUGAUUUGCUGAUUUUGCUGGUAUAACAUAG